CCUUACCGUUCGAUAUCGAAGUAUUUGGAGUCGCAUUUCGUUAGAUGUGAAUUAACUUCUUGAAAGAUAUUUGUGUAAGAUUAGAAAAUAAAAAUGAGUUAUCACCGUGGAGGAGGUAAUAAGCCAAAAGGAUUUGGGUUUGCUGGCUUUCAAAUGACUGGCACAAAAAGAAGUGGCUCCAACAUACCACCACCUCCACCAAAUUCGACUCUAAGCAAACAGGGCUAUCACACUAUGAAUUCUAUCACCGAAAAUGCCUUAUCUGCGUGCUGGGGUAUGCCGAAAAAACGAAGCAAAACCGAAGAAGAAUACUUCGAGGACGACGACGACCCUCCACCAUUUUCUUUGGAAUAUAUCCCAGCACCGGGAUCCCCUACUUACGAUUGGACGAAGAAAUCGGCUCCGAAGGGCGACAGCGAUAGCGAGGAGGAUCCGUUGGACGCGUUUAUGGCUGGCAUAGACGCGGAGGUAAAGAGAAAUAAUUACGAAGCUCAACUGGCCGAAGACGAGCGUAAAGAAGAGAAAUCAAAGGGGUUCAGAGCGGACAUCGACGGUGAAGACGACGAAGAGAGUUACUAUAGGUAUAUGGAGGAAAAUCCAACAGCGGGUUUGCAGCAAGAGGAGUCUGACCAAGAGAUCGAGUACGACGAGGACGGGAACCCUAUCGCACCCCCCAAGAAAAAAGAAAUCGAUCCCUUACCACCCAUCGAUCAUAGCGAGAUACACUACGAAUCCUUUGAGAAAAACUUUUACAACGUUCACGACGAGAUCGCUAGUUUAAGUAAACAACAGAUCGACGAUUUGAGGAAAACCUUGGGAAUAAAAGUAUCCGGUCCCUCUCCGCCAAAUCCCGUCACCAGUUUCGGUCAUUUCGGCUUCGACGACGCGUUGAUAAGAGCUGUUAGAAAAAACGAAUAUACCCAACCUACUCCUAUCCAAGCUCAAGCAGUUCCUGCUGCAUUAAGCGGCAGGGAUAUAAUAGGUAUAGCAAAGACCGGCAGCGGUAAAACGGCGGCCUUUAUUUGGCCGAUGUUGGUCCACAUAAUGGAUCAAACGGAAUUAAAAGCUGGCGACGGACCUAUCGGCCUGAUUCUCGCUCCUACGAGAGAAUUGUCCCAACAGAUUUACCAGGAAGCGCGAAAGUUUGGGAAAGUGUAUAACAUUCAAGUGUGCUGCUGUUACGGUGGUGGCAGCAAAUGGGAACAAAGUAAAGCGUUGGAAGGGGGUGCGGAAAUAGUAGUCGCAACGCCGGGUAGAAUGAUAGAUUUAGUUAAAAUGAAGGCGACCAAUUUGGCCAGAGUUACGUUUCUCGUGUUGGACGAGGCCGAUAGGAUGUUCGAUAUGGGUUUCGAGCCACAGGUGCGUUCUAUAUGCAACCACGUAAGGCCAGACAGGCAAACGUUGUUGUUCAGCGCAACUUUCAAAAAGAGGGUAGAAAAGCUCGCCAGGGACGUUCUGACGGACCCGGUUAGGAUAGUCCAAGGGGACGUCGGUGAAGCGAACACUGACGUCACUCAACACGCGAUAGUAUUCAACAAUAAUCCAACCGGCAAGUGGUCCUGGUUAUUGCAAAAUUUGGUGGAAUUUUUGAGCGCUGGUAGUUUAUUGGUCUUCGUUACUAAAAAGCUCAACGCGGAGGAACUUGCGAACAAUCUUAAAUUGAAAGAGUUCGACGUUCUGCUCUUACACGGUGACAUGGAUCAAAUCGAGAGGAACAAAGUGAUUACGGCUUUUAAAAAAAAGGAAGUCAGUACUUUGGUUGCUACUGACGUCGCUGCCCGAGGUUUGGACAUUCCACAUAUCAGAACCGUUGUUAAUUACGAUGUCGCGCGAGACAUCGAUACUCAUACACACAGGAUAGGUAGAACAGGUCGAGCGGGUGAAAAGGGUACAGCGUAUACCCUUGUGACGGAAAAAGAUAAAGAAUUCGCGGGUCACCUGGUCCGAAAUUUGGAGGGAGCUAAUCAAGAGGUACCAAAGAGUUUGAUGGACUUGGCGAUGCAAAGUGCUUGGUUCAGGAAAUCAAGGUUCAAGGGUGGAAAGGGGAAGAGUUUAAACGUCGGAGGGGCUGGUCUUGGUUUCAGGGGAAGGCCUGAUACUUCUUCGACAUCGAGUGGCGGUUCCUCGUCACAGGGAUCGAAAGAUAUAAGCGAAGUUGUUAAGAAAUUAGAAAGACACGGGCCAGGUAGCGAUCGGUUGUCGGCCAUGAAAGCUGCGUUCCGCAGUCAGUAUAAUUCUCAGUUCCGGGCAUCGUCGGAUCACACGUGGGAACAAACGAUUACACGGCCUUCGGUGAUAAUGCCACCGCCGCCGCCUGUACCACCUAAACCAAACACGGAACAAUCGAAAAACGAAGAUAACCAAGCAGUGAAUACCGGAGGAGAAAGGAAGAGGGUGAGAAAGAGCAGAUGGGAAUAAUUACGCGACCGCAAAGCUACGAUUAUUUUGUGUAUACUAUCAAUUAUUAUCGCUGAUAAUAUGCGAAAUAAC